UGGGUAUGCAAUGGUGGUACUGCACUUCUUGAUUUUGAUCUUGGCUACCAUAUGGGCAUUCGAGACAAUGGUGGUGAAAAUGGCAAUUGUCCUUUACACAAAGAAUCCGACUGGAAAGAAGCUGGAUAUCAUGACCACGGAAGUACUGGGAUGGAUGCUUGCUUGGGCAUUCUUCUCAUUCUCUUUUCCACUGCAGAUUAUAAGCUUAGAUGGGUCUGCUUCAAGAAGCCUUGUUAUAUUCAUAAUCAGCAGUUCAUUUUAGUUGCUUGCAGUUUUUCGGUGCUCUCCUCUUCAUCUCUGCUUUUCUCAUUAAUUCAUUUAUUUAGAGUUGUGUCCAGGUUAGGCUUUGAUUUUUGUUCUUCUUUUGUUUUCUCAGGGGAUUCUUUUGGCAGAGGAGUUGAAGGGUUAGAAGCAGUUAGAUCAAUAGCUUCAUUUUGGUUUAUUACGAAGCAUACAUUUGUCAAAAAAUUUCAGAGGGGAACAAUUAAGAGAUCAAGCUGUGAAGACAUUACUAUUAUUUGUAAAGGAGGAGGACACAACCAGGAGGAAAUUGUUGACGAAGUUAAAGGAUCUUCACAGGCAACCAGCAGUUAGAUUACACACAACAGGUUGUGAGAACAAAACAUGUUUAGCAGACAAACAUGCAAAUUCCACGAAAUAGCAGAUGAUUGUCUUUUUAGCGGAGAAAUAAUUAGUAUAGCUCUACUUUUUCUUUUCUUUUCCUUUUUUGGGUAAAGAGUUAGUUUAAGUACAGAGUUGCCGUAUGAAAUUUGUUAAUGUUUUUGUGUGAUAUCUGUUUUCUCUUUGUAUAAAAAGCCUUAAAGGCUUCUAAUAUUUCCAUUUUCCCAAUUGAACUCCUAUAUUAGUCCCUUUUCCUAUAAUAGGAACAUUUGGUUGCAAUUUUUUUC